AUGUGGCCAAAGACAAUAAUCUGUGGACUGUGGUCAAUCUUGCUAACCCUAACUUUGGGUAGUCGUCCGGAAAUCGAAGAUCAAUUAAACGUCAAAUACAUCCAAGAACAUCCAGGACUUUUCUAUGAGGACAUCGGGCGAAUGAAAAUGAUCGAGAAGGAAUGGCAGAUUAUCACAACCGUUGAUUAUACCUCAUUACGCGAAAAACUCACUAAGGGCAUAAAACCACAAUAUGACGCUGUCUGGGACCAAUGUAUCUUUACAUUUAGCCUUAGAGAUUGUGAACAAUAUUUGGAACACGAUCAUUAUCAAACACUACAGCAGGAAGGAAGAACAAUGGAUCAACACCUGACUGAAAUAAUACAAGCAGCAAGGAAAGAUGAAGAGAGCAGAACCGUGAAAAGAGCUCCAUUCCUCGGAUUCAUCCGAUCAAUAUCACGAUCGUUGUUUGGUACCAUGGAUUACAACGAUUUCGAACACAUCAACAAGGAAAUUGACAAGCUCUACAAUGGCCAAAACCAAAUCACACACCUGGUGAAUAAUGCAACGCACAUAAUCAGGUCGGAAAUCGACAAGAUGAUGGAUCACAUGGAGAUAUCCCGGAGAAACAUCAAGAUUCUGAGGAAUACCACUGAACGUCUACAACAAGGGCUCAGCCGUCAAGCAAGCUCCAUUGCUUUAAUUGAAAUGUCAAUGAAAUUCCAGCAUGCAGGCAACGAGUUGAUUCAUUCUGCAGAAAUCGUCCGAGGCUCUACGGGAAAAAUCAUCGAAGCCAUUGAUGCUUCAAAACAUGGGAGAAUCACCCAAACCUUCCUUACUCCAAAGCAACUGAACCAAGCAACGGAAGAAAUCCGGAAACACCGUUCAGAGCUGGAAUUCCCGAUCCCUAAGGGCAAGACGGAUUACCCUGCACUAUCAAAAAUCAGCACAAUCCACACAGGUCACACUAAAGGAAAAUACACGAUGUUACGCUUGGCUGGUAAGCAGAACACUACUACUAGGUAUUUUCAUGGAGGUUACACAUAUCACUUAGAUCCCAGAGUUUCAGUAACGAUUUUUCGUUGCACAUUGAGGAACCGGGAACAGUGCAGAGCUGUGAUAUAUGUGAACUCUCUUGACAAUCUAGCCAAUCAACCUGUAAUGGUUCGCGAGAAUCAUGGGCAUGAGCCGGAUCAUUUUCUACCUCUGAGAGAGAAAAUCACGGAGGAAGUUCUCCAGUUAGCUUUGAGCUGGGAAGACCCAAAAGAAAUAUUCAAUCGGGCCAAGGCCAAAGGAGGGCAUCGUCCAAUUGCUGCUGGCCUUUUUACUAUUGUGAGUUUAAGCAGAAAAUGGCUAAUGCCCGCAGAGCACAUGUCCCACCAACGCCAACCAGUUCACUAG